AUGAUCGGCGGUACUACAGGUGCUACUGAAACGAUACCGGCCGAAUCCGCUACAAGUAUGAAUAUUAGUACGAAAUUUUUGGAAGUUCUGAAAUUGUCGUUUAAAAUAAAGUACAUGGAUGAAGACACUGCACCUGCUAAGAAGAGAAAAAAAAUCGAAGCGAUAGAAAAGAGAAUGAAUGCAUUAUUUAGUAAUGUAAACGAUGUUUUCACGGGUAUUGAUGAUAUUAUUGCUUUAGCGACAGCUUAUUACAACAUAGGCUUACAAUAUGUUUACUCUAAACAUGACGAUUCGAAAACCGCUUACAGAUAUUUUUCAAAAUGUAUGAAACUGUUAAAAGGAAAGGAGUCAGACUAUAAAACUAUAUUACUACAUAUAGGUGUACUUAACGAAAUAAAUUCAGUUUAUGAAAAACUGUUCUCAAAGGAGCAUACUUAUUGGUUGAAUAAAGCGGUAGAAGAAUAUUUAAUAUACACAACGAAGGAUAAUUAUCGUCAUCCCAUCCACAUCGCAAGUCUUGUUGAUAUUAAAGAAAGAGAAUCAGAUCCUAGGACUAUCUUGGACACUUUGCAUCAUAAAACUUUACAGGAAUUAGGAGAUAGAUAUCGUACAAGACCGAAAGAUAAGCACUUAUUUGUAGGAUGCAUGAAUACCUUGAUAAACAACCGAGUGAGGUACAUGGUAGUUAACAAAAGAAAAUUUGAUGACAAAUGUCCUGAUAUGGCUUUAACUAUAUUCGAUCUGUCGAAAUACUUCUUAGCAAACAGUCAUUUUGCUAUAGCUAAAAGUUACAUUACUAUGGCAGAUUGUGUAAUACACAAAUUUGUUGAAGAUAGAUUGAAAACAACAGGAAAAAAAGGGACAAGUAGUUAUCAACUGCCUAAAAAUUAUAUGGAUGCUCGUGCCGUUAGAGAUAUAUCUUGGGGUUUCUAUGGAGUUUCUCUUUUACGUUUCCGGAUGGAAAAAUUCUCACAAAAUAAGGAAAGCAAAUCUGAGAUAGAAGAUCUUAUAUUAAAAGUAGAAACAAAAUCUGAGGUGCCAGAUUUAUUGUUUUCUGUCUUAGAAGAACAACGUAUAACCAUUGAGAUUGCAGAAACAU